AUGGAUAGCAACAGCUUCAACAGCACUAACUCCAACAGAUCCGCGGUAGUCAACCCAACGGCUUUAAGAGGAUCGUUCAUUGACCUACAAUACCUAGUCAUAUGGUGUAUAGUGUACUUAAUUAUCGCCACGUUCGCCUUAUUAGGAAACGUUCUCAUUAUCUUUGUGUUUUCAAAGAAACGCAAUCUAAGAACAAGAACAAAUUAUUUUGUAAUUGGCCUGGCUGUCGGUGACAUAUUAGUGGGUACGCUUACAGUACCGUUGUACGUGACUUGGUUGAUUCUCUUGUAUAAUCAAGACUAUAAAGCUUCUUCCCUUGUGCAGACCAUAUUUAGCCCUGUGGACAUUCUCUCAGGAAUGUUGUCUAUUCUUCACUUGAUGACGAUUAGUAUUGAACGAGUAUAUGCAAUCGCCUUUCCCUUACGUCAUCGUACCUCCACUGCGCGUAUUAACUUUAUAUUCCUAGCUAUAAUCUGGAUCACAGCCGCUGGUAUUGCCUCGCUAAACUUCUUCAUACCCAAAGGUCCUGAAUGGAAAGGAACGUUCCUCAUAUACUCGACCCUUGGAUUUUUUGUACCUUUUUCUGUUAUUUUAUUUGCUUAUACAUCAAUAUGGAUUAUUGUGAAGAGUAGGACAAAGAUAUCAAGGCAAAGAGCUCGAGUUGUCAGGAGAGAAAGUCGUACUGCUCUCACUAUUUUCGCUUUGAUUCUCCUCUUCCUGAUCACGUGGUUGCCGUUCUUUAGUCUCAACUUGGUCUUAUUUUCAUGCUCUAAGUGUGCAGUCUCAGUACCUUUACAGCUUGUCUUGUUCUUUAAGGCGCUGCACUACUGUGGAUCAGCGUUAAACCCCGUGGUUUACUCAGCACGCAUGCCCGAGUUUCGACGCCCAAUUGCCAUAUUGUUAAAAGAGAGAAGACUGACAGGAUCUAUGUAUCGUCGUUCCUCGGAUCGGCAAUCACUGAGAAGAAGCACCAUACGUGGCAAAGAUGUUGAACUCUCCGAUAUAGCUGAUCAUCAAAGCACCGUCAGUGCUACUGAAACUGCCGACGCUACUGCAGAUGAAAAAGACGCUAAGAAAUUGCCAUUAUAAACUAAGAUUAUUAUAAAAGAAAUGUAUAUUUGAUAGAGGGUAUUAGAUUAUUUAAGCUAAAGUGAUAAAGCAAAAGUUGUUACGGGCCAACAGCUGUCUAUAAAAGAUGCCAUAGGCCAACAUAUCUUUAUUGAUUACUUUGUGCUAAAGGUUAUUCUUGUCAAGUGCACUGGACAACUGUAACAAAAUAUUAAAACUUUAAACAUUUCUGUUGUCAUAGCUUAGUAUGAGCAAAAGGCAACAUUUAUGCUAUCGAUAAUGUCUAACAGGUACCAUAUUUGAAUAUAUGCAGUUUUUGACUGACGUUGUAUCCACCUUAAUUCACACGGGAAAGAAAAUAUAUCGAGUGAAUGAGCAAAAAUAAUGAUAAUCAAGGGGAAAAUAGGGACAAGAUGAUAAGAGAAAAGAAUUAUUAGUUAUAAAAGCAACUAGGGGGGAAAGGAGAUACCAGGUGCUGUACCCCUUGUAUCCCCGUGGCUGAAAAAGCGGUGACCGGUCAUGCAGGUUUAACUGGCCACAGAUAGCCAGGGGUGUACAGUGUUGUGAAGUAUUUUAAAAGUUAAAUUUAAGACGGAUCUAUCUUAUCUUUAAGUUUAGUUUUUGUUUCAUUAAGUCUUGUUUUUGUGCACGUACUGUUUCCCUGUUAUCUUUUGUUUUUACUUGUACUUGAAUUUAUGCUUAGCUCUCGAAUUUGCUUAUUGCCAUAUUAGGAAUUUUAUUCCCUUGGCAUUGUCAGAUGUUAGUGUUUUACAGGUGGUCGUGUUUGUGGUGUUAGAGCUGACCUUCGUUCUUUGGUACUUAUCAGUUGCGGCUGUGCGUAGGCUAAUCUAUUCCCUAACAAUAGCAAACCUGUUGCAAUGUUAGCGAUAACGUAUACAAUAGAAACUCUUCCGGUCAGCUAACCCAAACAUGUCCAGCUUUGGCUAUUAAAACCGCUACAAUACUUGAACNGACUGAAGAAAAUCUCUCAUUCUGCUGGUGAACACUCUUUCUCUUCCAGCCCUUGUUGACAUAACCAUAUGAAAACCAAUUCUAUCAUCUGCACAAUCCUCGUCUGACUCACUGUCUCCGCUUUCACUGCUAGCUGGUAGCUAGACCGCGGGCGCGAAGGCGAAAAAUACUGAUUUCACGGUCUCUACUGAGGAGUGCAAGGUGCAUUGCUACGAAAUUUUAUUUUUCUAUUUCAAAAUAUUGGAGCAAAGACUGCUGAAGAAAAGAAAUCCCAUUCCCAUUUUAUAAUUAUUCAUCCCAUUCCCAGUGGCUAAAUCCCAGUCCCAGUGAGUAAAUCCCAUUUUCCCAGUCCACAAUAAGGCUAAUCCCAGUUCCCAUUUUACCCCUUCAUGACCCUCUAUAUUAGCCGACAAAGAUGCCAUAGGCCAACAUAUCUUUAUUGAUUGCUUUGUGCUAAAGGUUAUUCUUGUCAAGUGCACUGGACAACUGUAACAAAAUAUUAAAACUUUAAACAUUUCUGUUGUCAUAGCUUAGUAUGAGCAAAAGGCAACAUUUAUGCUAUGGAUAAUGUCUAACAGGUAACAUAUUUGAAUAUAUGCAGUUUUUGACUGACGUUGUAUCCACCUUAAUUCACACGGGAAAGAAAAUAUAUCGAGUGAAUGAGCAAAGAUAAUGAUAAUCAAGGGGAAAAUAGGGACAAGAUGAUAAGAGAAAAGAAUUAUCAGUUAUAAAAGCAACUAGGGGGGAAAGGAGAUACCAGGUGCUGUACCCCUUGUAUCCCCGUGGCUGAAAAAGCGGUGACCGGUCAUGCUGGUUUAACUGGCCACAGAUAGCUAGGGGUGUACAGUGUUGUGAAGUAUUUUAAAAGUUAAAUUUAAGACGGAUCUAUCUUAUCUUUAAGUUUAGUUUUUGUUUCAUUAAGUCUUGUUUUUGUGCACGUACUGUUUCCCUAUUAUCUUUUGUUUUUACUUGUACUUGAAUUUAUACUUAGCUCGCGAAUUUGCUUAUUGCCAUAUUAGGAAUUUUAUUCCCUUGGCAUUGUCAGAUGUUAGUUUGUUACAGGUGAUCGUGUUUGUGGUGUUAGAGCUGACCUUCGUUCUUUGGUACUUAUCAGUUGCGGCUGUGCGUAGGCUAAUCUAUUCCCUAACAAUAGCAAACCUGUUGCAAUGUUAGCGAUAACGUAUACAAUAGAAACUCUUCCGGUCAGCUAACCCAAACAUGUCCAGCUUUGGCUAUUAAAACCGCUACAAUACUUGAACUAGUAGAAGUAGAGAAGAGUGGAGAAGUUGGUAGAACUGACUCACGUGAAAGUUGCUGAGUAGGUAGAAGUUGGUAGAAGUAAGUUAGUGAAAAGUGGAAGAGUUAGAAGAUUAAGAAGAAUAAAAGCAAGAUGUAAAUCAGAUUCCUGGUACCUCAUCGUGUAGCGAGCGAGUUGCUCGAACACACCCCCACAAUAGGCAUCACCUUCUAGGCCUUUGAUAUUGCCCUACUCUAAACUAAUGCCGAAAAUCUUUGUAAAACUGUAAGAAAGUUUUCUAAGAGUCUGCCGUAUAUUUCCGGAAAUGCACGAUUUUAAGUGCUAUUGUUAUUGUUUUUAAAAUAAUUUUGCGCUAUUAACGUGGCCUUUUCUGUUUAUUUGCUUUCAUUCAGUAAAACACUUAAAAGACGUGACAUAUGUAACUAUAUGCAAUGGCUUAAAGUGGUGUAUUGGCGUUUAAAAACGGCUAAUAAUUAUUUCAACACUACUAGAUCUUUCUAAUUUUACUUAUCUGUUUUUGGAUCAGGCUAAUUGUAAAUAAAGAAUGACAACUCUACCUGACAUGAUAGGGCUUGAUGCCUGCGUGGCGUUUUUUAGCAACUGUAGUGGAAACACACCUACCUGCGGGAAUUUGCGAUAAAAGGGGACUCAUCAGGUCCCAUACGAGCCAGGUUCCCUCCCCUCCAUAUCAAUGUUUCCACAACUCUUUAAAAAUAGGACAACUGUGGUACACACAGACAAAAAUUGUUACUUCCCUAGUGGUUCUUCAUCGUCCGACACUGUCGGAUCUAUUCAGUGAGAGUGUUGUAAAACGGAGCCCACGAUCUUUAUCCGAGAAGAAUAAGAAAGGGUAAAGGCAGCACCUGCUCCUUGAUUACAUUCAGAAUUUGGGUAUUGGUCUGGCUAGGAGUCAGACUGGCCCGCCCUACGGCUGCGAAGGCUGGUAGUACUCUAUCAAGUAAGCUAUCUAGGCGGCGGUUACUACAAAAUUAAGGUUAGGCGCGAUAUGGUGCUCAAAUCCUUGAGAUUUUUCGCUAAGCAAAGACUUAGUUUGUGGAAGAAAACGGAGGAUCGUCUGUAGCAGUAAACUCUCAAAUUAUGACUAUAAAAUAUUUCUAAUAACAAAAAAAACAAUGUCUUCAUUGAGUGCACUGAAAAGAAGCCAUUGGUCAACGUAAUGAGCCAAUAUAAGUAGGAUUUUCAUUACUAAGUAAGGUGCCCUAUUAACAGUUAUAAUGAACUGAAUUGUGGUUCUUAAAUGAAUGGGUAUAAAGCAGAAUGAGACUUAGAAACAUACAAUAUUGAUGACAAGAACAGCAAAAACAUUAUACAGCACUACCAGUCUCACCAUCAACGCAUCGCUUUUUCUACAUGGAGUACAAAAAAAGCGGCCGCAGACUAAACAGUUUUAUUUUGUGGCAAAAAAUAGCCAAGCAGUUACGCUCACUAAGAGUAUUUCUAGAAAAACUCUCAGUUGCAACAGUCAAUUAAAAAGGUAAGGCUAUUUGUCCUGUUUUAAAGUAGGUCUAAGUAAAGUCAUUAAUAACAUUUAUGUCUAUUUAGUUUCCUGUUCAUUCUUAUUUUCAAGAAUCAAGUUUAGUUUUUUCUAGUUUAUGGGGUAGUUUAAUUUGCAAAAAAAAACAUACCAAAAAAGAAACGACCGAGACAAAGAAACGAAAUGAUGGCCGAGCUAUUUAGUAAUAAUGUAAGCGUAAGAUAACAAGAUGGAAAUUAUAACGUUAAAAAAAAAUGGGUUAAACUUAAAACAAGAUAAAAAAUAGAAUAACGUUUUACGUUAGAAUGGCUUCCUUACGAAAAUUAUUAUCUGUAUUUCAUCAAACGAUACAGUAACAUAAUUGUAGGCAUUAUUCAUCAGAAAUCAAUAUUAAUGAGUUCUGCUAGCAACAGCCUUGACUGAGAAUAUCAACGCUCUCUGGCGAUGAUUUCUACCAUAUCACAAACUGUAAUUAGGAAAUUAUUACUAAAAUCUUAAAAUCAAUGAAUGGGAAUUAAACAAUAAAAAUCUUUACUUAUUUCAGCCACGUGAUCUUUAAGUGAGCCCUCGACCAUGGUAAUUUUGGAUCCUGUUUUAUCUUGGCUGUACUUCGUUGCUUUGUGUAUUAUCAGCUGCAUUUCAUUAGUAGCCAACAGCAUUGUUUUAACCUGGAAGCCACCCAAUCCUAAUGAUCGAUUACAUUUUACAGGACUUGGUCACAUAUUAAGAAGCCUUGCUCUUUCAAAUCUUACCACAGCCAUAGUAACAAUACCACUUUGGUUAUUUAUCCUUAUCAUGGGACAAACAAAACAUAGCUCAAUUGUCUUGGACGAAGUAGAUGACAUUUCUUUCAACAGCUUUGAUGUCGUCCAUCAACUUCUGGCCGCCCUCCAUCUGGUUGCUAUGGUAACAGAAAGAUUUUGCGCUAUUUACCGGCCAGCUAUGCACCAAAAAGCACGUGAUCGCCUCGCUUACUUGACAAGCAUUUCAUGCUGGCUGAUUGCGUCAUCAGUCUCCUCCAUUAUUUUUGUGGUAUAUUAUUGGAGUAAAGCAGCCGUUAUUACCGCAAUUAUUUCCAUUUGCUGCUUUGGGCUUCCCUGUCUCGUUAUCAUGGUAAUGUUUUUGCUUAUCCUUUUGAAAUUGCUCAAGGGAGAAUUAACUCCGAGCAGGAAAAUUGACGUUGCAAUAUCAAAAGAAAUAACUCUGGUGUUUUUGUUUUACUUAAUUACAUGCUUGCCAUACCAUACCUUAACUUUACUUAAGUACUUUUGCUCUUCUUUCGACCAUGGCUAUCUCUCAUUAUCUUUAGGAAUGCGUUUUUUUUAUUAUAGCAGUUCAGCGGUUACACCCGUAGCAUUAAUAGCAUUUGUGCCUGAAUUGAGAACCAGAUCUCAGAGGUUCUGUUUUAGGCUACUCGCUAUUAAUGAGGAAUCUCGCAACGAUUUAUAUUCUAUAGAAAUUCCUGGCAUUCACUUAAAGAAAUCCUCAUGUACCCUGGUGAAGACAGCACCAAGGCGGCAGGUCUCUAUCCCUACGGUACAGGAAAAUAUAUUGCUUUAA